AUAAAUAAAAGAAUAAGAAAAAAGAAAAAGAGAAGAGAAAAAAAAGAAAAAAAAAGAAAAGAUAAAUUAAAUUUUAAUUUAAGGACAAAUGGCACUUUGCUAGCCACUUGACCAAAUAAAAAAAAAAAAGAAAAGAAAAGAAGAAGAAAGAAGAAAAGACUAGAAGAGAGGAAGAAGAACCCAUUUCUUCAAUUCUCCUUUCUCUGCCGGGAACCAAAACAAAAUCCCCUUCUCCGUCUUUUCUUUUCUACACCAAAAUUCCUUCAAAUUUCCAUCUCCAAUCAAUUACCCAUCUUCUCCCAACACAUGUUCAAAGUAGAAUUUGAAAAAAAGAAGAGAAAUUAAAGAGAAAAUUCAAGAUUUGAGGGAGAGUGAAUAGUAACCAAGGGUUUGGAAAUUUAAAGAAGAAGUGAAAGGGAAGAGUGGAAAUUCUACAUGAAAAGGAAAAAAAAAGAAAAUUAGAAAAUUUUAAGGUUGUAGACCCAAGUAGCAGUAGAUCAAGAUCUGCAUCAACUCAGUCAGAGUUACAUCAUUAUUUAUCUUGGAUGUCUGAAGAACUGAGAGAACUUCAAGUUGGAGAAGAAGUAGAAAGUCAUGUAUCGACUGAGGCCACUGGCCAUGCACCGCCACAAGCUCCUCCUAGUGCUAGAAGGCCAGAGCAGGAGGUCUUAUUACAGCAAUUAACAGAGAUUUUUAGGCAGGUGGCUGGAGUAGCUCAGCCAGCUAUAGUUCCUCCACUGGCUCCUGCACCAGCACCAGUUAGGCCGCCUAUUGAUAAAUUGAGAAAGUAUGGUGCUACGGAAUUUAAAGGACGAAAGGAAGAUGACGCGUCUGCAGCAGAAUAUUAGUUGCAAAGUACAAACAAGGUUCUUCAACAGUUACAGUGUUCCCCAGAAGAUAGUCUAAUAUGUGCAGUGUCACUACUGAAAGAAGAAGCCUACCAAUAGUGGGACACUGUGGCCCAGACAGUGCAACCAAUACAGAGGACAUAAGAGUUAUUUUUAAAUGAGUUCAGAAAAAGAUAUGUAGGAGAUAUUUAUUUGGAGGAGAGAAAAAGGGAGUUUAUCUAUUUGAGGCAGGGACGUAUGACAAUAGCUGAGUAUGAAAGGGAGUUUAUUAGAUUGAGCAGAUAUGCCAGGGAGAUUAUUCCUACAGAGGAGGCAAAAUGUAAAAGAUUUGAGCAAGGGUUAAACACUAAGAUCAAGAUGCUUCUAGUUGCCCUUCAAAUCAGAGAUUUUUCAGCACUGGUGAAUGCAGCUUUAAAUGUAGAGAAAGUGAGGGAAGAAGACCAGAGUAGAAGACAGAGGAGUCAGCAAAAAAGGACUCACAGUCAGAGUCAAGGGCAGAUGAUAGCUUCACAGGGCUCUAGUAAGAGACAGAAAAGUUUUCAACCUACUAGAUCAAGCCAGUCUCAAAGGCAAGGUAAAAAAUCAACUCAGAGUUUAGCAAGUGGAUCUAUUCAACAUAUUGCUUCUGUGGCCAGUUCAGGAGGCUCAGGAAGAAGUCUUCCACCAGAGUGCAAUCACUGCAGAAGGAGACAUACUGGUACUUGCAAACUGAUGACAGGAGCUUGUUUCAUAUGUGGCUCGAUGGAUCACAUUAUGAGGGAUUGUCCUAAGAAGCAGACAGCCUCAGCACCAGCAACAGAAAGAACUACACCAGUAACUCAAAAGACUAGAAGCAAAGGUAGAAGUGAGCCGACAAGUACCUCUAGUCAAAGAGUUUCAGAGACCAUGGAUAGACCGGAAUCUAGAGCACCUGCCAGAGCCUAUGCCAUCAAAGCCAGAGAGGAUCAAGAUUCCCCAGAUGUUAUCAUGGGUAUAUUUUCUAUCUUUGGCCAGUCUGUUCAUGCUUUAAUAGAUCCUGGUUCCACACACUCUUAUAUUUGCAUACCUGUCUCAAAUAAAAAAGAAUUGCAAGCAGACAUUCUAGACCAGGAUAUAGUAGUAACUAAUCCUCUUGGCCACAGUGUAGUUGUCAGUAAAGUAUUUAAAGAUUGCCCCAUCUUGAUUCACGGUCACAUUUUUUAUGGAGAUUUGAUUGAAUUACCUUUUCGGGAGUUUGAUGUGAUUCUAGGAAUGGAUUGGUUGUUUAGACACCAAGUUAUAGUUGAUUGUAGAAAGAAGCGAAUCACGCUAAAGACACCGGAUGGUGAAGAAGUAAUAGUUGUGGGCGAGAGAUCAGAUUUUCUCUCCAAUGUUAUUUCUGCUACUGCAGCCAGAAGAAUGAUAAGAAAGGGUUGUGAGGCAUACUUAGCCUGUGUUUUGGAGGCUAAGAAGGAGAAACCUAUUGUGCAAGAUAUACCUACUGUUUGUGACUUCUCUGACGUCUUUCCAGAUGAAUUACCAGGAUUACCUCCAGAAAGAGAAGUAGAAUUUGCCAUAGACGUUGUACCAGGCACUACACCCAUAUCAAUUGCUCCUUAUAGGAUGGCUCCCAUAGAAUUAAAAUAAUUAAAAGUGCAGCUACAAGAAUUACUCGAUAAGAGUUUCAUACGCCCCAGUAUCUCUCCCUGGGGUGCACCAAUGGAUAUUUAUUUUUGACGGUCACCUUGUUGAGUUGUCUGUAAUCCACGCACAAUCGCAGCGAACCAUCCUUCUUCUUAACAAAUAGCACUGGUGCACCCCAGGGAGAGAUACUGGGGCGUAUGAAACCCUUAUCGAGUAAUUCUUGUAGCUGCACUUUUAAUUCUUUUAAUUCUGUGGGAGCCAUCCUAUAAGGAGCAAUUAAUAUGGGUGUAGUGCCUGGUACAACGUCUAUGGCAAAUUCUACUUCUCUUUCUGGAGGUAAUCCUGGUAAUUCAUCUGGAAAGACAUCAGAGAAGUCACAAACAGUAGGUAUAUCUUGCACAAUAGGUUUCUCCUUCUUAGCCUCCAAAACACAGGCUAAGUAUGUCUCACAACCCUUUCUUAUCAUUCUUCUGGCUGCAGUAGCAGAAAUAACAUUGGAGAGAAAAUCUGAUCUCUCGCCCACAACUACUACUUCUUCACCAUCCGGUGUCUUUAGCGUGAUUCUCUUCUUUCUACAAUCAACUAUAACUUGGUGUCUAAAUAACCAAUCCAUUCCUAGAAUCACAUCAAACUCCCGAAAAGGUAAUUCAAUCAAAUUUCCAUGAAAAAUGUGACCGUGAAUCAAGAUGGGGCAAUCUUUAAAUACUUUACUGACAACUACACUGUGGCCAAGAGGAUUAGUUACUACUAUAUCCUGGUCUAGAAUGUCUGCUUGCAGUUCUUUUUUAUUUGAGACAGGUAUGCAAAUAUAAGAGUGUGUGAAACCAGGAUCUAUUAAAGCAUGAACAGACUGGCCAAAGAUAGAAAAUAUACCCAUGAUAACAUCUGGGGAAUCUUGAUCCUCUCUGGCUUUGAUGGCAUAGGCUCUGGCAGGUGCUCUAGAUUCCAGUCUAUCCACGGUCUCUGAAACUCUUUGACUAGAGGUACUUGUCGGCUCACUUCUACCUUUGCUUCUAGUCUUUUGAGUUACUGGUGUAGUUCUUUCUGUUGCUGGUGCUGAGGCUGUCUGCUUCUUAGGACAAUCCCUCAUAAUGUGAUCCAUCGAGCCACAUAUGAAACAAGCUCCUGUCAUCAGUUUGCAAGUACCAGUAUGUCUCCUUCUGCAGUGAUUGCACUCUGGUGGAAGACUUCUUCCUGAGCCUCCUGAACUGGCCACAGAAGCAGUAUGUUGAAUAGAUCCACUUGCUAAACUCUGAGCUGAUUUUUUGCCUUGCCUUUGAGACUGGCUUGAUCUAGUACGUUGAAAACUUUUCUGUCUCUUACUAGAGCCCUGUGAAGCUAUCAUCUGCCCUUGACUCUGACUGUGAGUCCUUUUUUGCUGACUCCUCUGUCUUAUACUCUGGUCUUCUUCCUUCACUUUCUCUACAUUUAAAGCUGCAUUCACCAGUGCUGAAAAAUCUCUGAUUUGAAGGGCAACUAGAAGCAUCUUGAUCUUAGUGUUUAACCCUUGCUCAAAUCUUUUACAUUUUGCCUCCUCUGUAGGAAUAAUCUCCCUGGCAUAUCUGCUCAAUCUAAUAAACUCCCUUUCAUACUCAGCUAUUGUCAUACGUCCCUGCCUCAAAUAGAUAAACUCCCUUUUUCUCUCCUCCAAAUAAAUAUCUCCUAUAUAUCUUUUUCUGAACUCAUUUAAAAACAACUCCCAUGUCCUCUGUAUUGGUUGCACUGUCUGGGCCACAGUGUCCCACCAUUGGUAGGCUUCUUCUUUCAGUAGUGACACUGCACAUAUUAGACUAUCUUCUGGGGAACACUGUAACGGUUGAAGAACCUUGUCUGUACUUUGCAACCAAUAUUCUGCUGCAGACGCGUCAUCUUCCUUUCGUCCUUUAAAUUCUGUAGCACCAUACUUUCUCAAUUUAUCAAUAGGCGGCCCAACUGGUGCUGGUGCAGGAGCCGGUGGAGGAACUAUAGCUGGCUGAGCUACUCCGGCCACCUGCCUGAAAAUCUCUGUUAAUUGCUGUAAUAAGACCUCUUGCUAUGGCCUUCUAGCACUAGGAGGAGCUUGUGGCAGUGCAUGGCCAGUGGCCUCAGUCGGUACAUGACUUUCUACUUCUUCUCCAACUUGAAGUUCUCUCAGUUCUUCAGACAUCCUAUAAUAUUAAAAUUUCAUAAAAUAGAUCUGCAUCAGAGUUGCAUCAUAUCUUUAAUAUAUAUGGUAUGUACAUAUUCCUAUACCUAACUAUUUACCCACAUACUGUCUAAAAUCGACUAAACCUGCUCUGAUACCACUAAAUGUAACACCCCCUACCCGGUUAUUGAAUUAACCAAGCAGGAGACAUCACAUUUUGCAGCUGUUUUCUUAUUUUUUUCUUUAAUUUAUAUCAUGUAAUUCAUGACUUUUUUUUUUACCGAAAAUCCGGCAGAGUUUCCCCUGCAAUAUGAACUUAAUUCCACCUGUGAAUAGUAAUAUCACACUUCUAUAAACUUCAACCUCAACCCCAAACUUCUUUCAACAUCAAUACAAUUUCAACCCAGAUCAAACACUUUAUAAACUAUCUCAUUAGUCUCAACACAAAAACUUAUACUAAUAACUCAUAUUUACACCAAAAUUAAAAUCUUCAAAUAUAUCUAAUUCUAAUAAUAUACCACUUUAUCUCUAAAACUUUAUGUACAUGCCAAAUUUUCAAAAUCAACUUUAUAUAAAAUUUACAAAAUAUAGCCAAGAUAAAUAAUGAUGUAACUCUGACUGGGUUGAUGCAGAUCUUGAUCUACUGCUACUUGGGUCUACAACCUGCGCGUGGAAAAAAAAUAAAUUCCUACGCGCUAAGCAAAUUGCUUAGUGGUGCUCAACUUUUUUUUUUUUAUAAA